CGUGGGUUAUGUAACCUCAUCUGACACAAGCGAGGCUUUCACUUCCUCAGUAAAAUGGAGUUGAAUAACUAAAGCAGCCCAGACUGGAUUCUUAGUAUUUCACAUCAGGGUUUUAUCAAGACUUCCAUUAAACUACAUUCUCUGCGCCUUUAACUUCAGAGAUAAGGGGUGCAGCGAUGGUGCAGAAAUAUCAGUCCCCUGUGAGGGUUUACAAGUACCCCUUUGAGCUCGUAAUGGCGGCCUAUGAGAAGAGAUUCCCAAACUGCCCGCUGAUACCCAUGUUUGUGAACAGUGUCAUCAUCAAUGAGUGUCAUAGUGAGGAUGGGGCGUCCCAAGUGACUGAGCGCAGAUGUACCGUGGACGUCGAGGCACCUCGGCUUCUAAAGAGGAUUGCAGGAGUGGAGUACAUUUAUUUCAUCCAGAAGAACUCUCUGAACCGAAGAGAGAGAACUCUGCAAAUAGAGGCCUAUAAUGAGUCCUUCUCCAGCAGAGUCAACGUAUAUGAGCACUGCGUCUACACGGUUCACCCGGAGAAUGAAGACUGGACCUGUUUUGAGCAGUCUGCCAGCAUGGACAUCAAAUCCUUUUUCGGGUUUGAGAGCACAGCGGAGAAGAUUGCAAUGAAGCAGUACGCCACCAGUAUAAAAAAGGGAAAAGAGAUUAUUGAAUUUCACCUCAAACAGCUGGAGGAGGAGGGCAUUACCCACAUGCCCCGCUGGGCACCUCCUCCUGCCCCCACCCCGUCUCACGCCCUGCCUGUCAGCUCAGCCAGAGCUAUCCCAGCAUGCAGCAGCAGAGCACACCCCGGCUCCACAGACGUCCUGCCAGGCUCUCCGGAUGACAAGUUAGAUGCAGACUACAUCUCCCGUUAUCUGGGAAAACUGACCCCUUUCCAAGAGAGCUGUCUCAUUCGCCUACGACAGUGGCUGCAGGAAACACACAAAGGGAAGAUCCCUAAAGACCAGCAUGUGCUGCGUUUCCUGCGUUCACGGGACUUUAAUCUGGAAAAGGCCAAAGAGGCUUUGUGCCAGACGCUCACAUGGAGGAAGCAGCAUCAGAUAGACUUCCUGUUGGACACAUGGCAGUGUCCACAGCUCCUGCAGGACUACUACACAGGAGGCUGGCACCACCAUGACAAAGAUGGACGUCCUCUUUAUAUCCUUCGACUUGGACAAAUGGACACCAAAGGUUUAGUGCGGGUGCUGGGAGAAGAGACACUUCUGAGACAUGUGCUGUCCAUCAACGAGGAAGGUCUCAGACACUGUGAAGAGAACACCAAAAUAUUUGGAAAACCAAUCAGUUGUUGGACGUGUCUUGUGGAUCUGGAGGGGUUAAAUAUGAGACAUCUGUGGAGACCAGGAAUCAAAGCCUUGCUGAGGAUGAUAGAGCUUGUAGGAGCCAACUACCCUGAGACUCUGGGACGUCUCCUAAUACUGAGAGCACCCAGAGUGUUUCCUGUGCUCUGGACUUUGGUGAGUCCAUUCAUCGACGAAAACACACGGAAGAAGUUUCUCAUCUAUGCUGGGAAUGACUACCAGGGGCCUGGAGGUCUGGUGGACUACAUCAACAGAGACUUCAUCCCUGACUUCUUAGGAGGAGACGCUCUGUGUGAUGUUCCUGAGGCUGGUCUGGUUCCGAAGUCUCUGUAUCGUACGGCUGAGGAGCAGGAAAACGAGGAUCUUAAACUGUGGAGUGAAACCAUCUACAAGAGCGCGAGUGUGUUGAAGGGAGCUCCACACGAGGUGCUGAUCGAGAUUACAGAAGUAUCGUCUGUCAUUACGUGGGACUUUGAUGUGUGUAAAGGAGACGUGAUCUUCAACAUCUAUCACUCCAGAAGAGCUCCUCAGCCAGUUAAAAGAGACGGUCUGAGCGCACACAACCUCGCCUGUCCCGCCGGAAACAACGUCCAGCUGAUCGACAGAUCCUGGAUGCUGGGACAAGACUACAGCAUGGUGGAGACGGCCCUGAGCUGCCGAGAGGGAGAGAGUGUACAGGGAUCUCAUGUGACGCGCUGGCCUGGUUUCUACAUCCUGCAGUGGCGUCUUUACAGCAGUCCAUCAUGCACUUCUUCCAGUCGGCCGCGUGUAGAUGAUGUUCUGGCCUCUCUGCAGGUCUCCUCACACAAAUGCAGAGUCAUGUAUUUCACAGAGGUGCUGCUCUCCACUGACUUCAGGUCAGUAUCAUUACACCGCAAAGUGCUUAGCAUUAAAACACCAUUAACUGAAAAAGCACACCUUAUCAAAAUAUGAUCUGGACGUCCGGAUGUUUUCUGUAAAGGUGUGUGUGUGUGUGUGUGUGUGUUUGUAUCAGGGGCUCCAUGAGCAGCCUGGAGUCGAGUCACAGCGCUUUCUCUCUGCUCAGUGCCGCCACCAGCUCCUCCAACCAAUCACAGACAGAGUCAAGCGUCUCAAGAUAGCAGGAAAACAAGACGCUUCUGUGACUGUAGCUCUGCAGGAAAUGAUGAAGGAUCAUGUGACGCAGUGAAACAUCCAAACACAACAAACGUCUGCAUGAGUGCUGAUCUUUAGCAUCAAAAACUGCAGGCUUGAUGGAAAUUAUGUGUGUUUAUGUAUAUUGUUACAAAUACAUUUGUAAAUGUUGUUAAAAAAAUAAACAACAUAAAAACUUA